AUGAGGCCCUCGUUAACGCGGAACGUGAAGCUGGUUUCUGUGUUUCGGGAAAGUGCUAAAAGGAUUAGAUUACUGAAUUCAUCAUCAAAAGAUAAUAUGACUGCUUUCUAUGGGAUAAAUCAGUUUUCUCACCUGUUUCCCGAAGAGUUCAAAGCUAUUUACUUAAGAAGCAUACCUCACAAACUUCCCAGAUACGUGAAAGUACCAAAGGGAAAGGAUAAACCUCUGCCAAAGAAGUUUGACUGGAGAGAUAAGAAAGUCAUUACAGAAGUGAGAAAUCAGCAAACAUGUGGAGGCUGCUGGGCUUUCAGCGUUGUGGGCAGCAUAGAGUCUGCCUAUGCAAUUAAAGGAAAUAACCUGGAAGAACUCAGCGUACAGCAGGUUAUUGACUGUUCGUACAAUAACUAUGGCUGCAGCGGGGGAUCCACUGUUAGUGCGCUGAGCUGGCUGAACCAGACAAAAGUCAAACUCGUGAGAGAUUCAGAAUAUGCUUUUAAAGCUCAGACAGGACUGUGCCAUUAUUUUGGUCUCUCAGAUUUUGGCGUUUCGAUAGCAGGAUUUGCUGCAUAUGACUUCAGUGGUCAGGAAGAAGAAAUGAUGCGGAUGCUUGUUAACUGGGGCCCUUUGGCUGUAACAGUAGAUGCGGUUAGCUGGCAGGAUUAUCUUGGUGGGAUCAUACAGUAUCACUGCUCCAGUGGAAGAGCAAAUCAUGCUGUUCUCAUCACCGGUUUUGACAGAACAGGUAGUAUCCCUUACUGGAUUGUACAGAACUCUUGGGGGCCUACGUGGGGAAUAGACGGCUAUGUUCGUGUUAAGAUAGGCGGCAAUGUCUGCGGUAUAGCAGAUACAGUUUCAUCAGUGUUUGUUUGACACUCACUGGACGAAGACCACCAUUAUCAUUUG